GCCCAGGGCCGGACCGGGCGGCUGCAAUAUGGCGGAGGCGGAAGGGGAGAGCCUGGAGUCCUGGCUGAAGUCUCAGGAAGCCACGGCUGGCCUCAGACUUGAACGUGAGGCUGACCUCUUUCUGCCCGAUCUUGAACUGCUGGGAUUUCAGAUGUGCACCGUCUGACUAGACAGUGUGACUUAAACCAGUCCAGUCAAUGCCAUCUCCGUGAAGGUCCUUGUCACCUACAGCUUGCAGCAGCCUCUCUUUGGUCCACUCUGCAUGCUGCUCCUAAAGGAGCAGUUACAAUUUAUCACCAUUCCAGGAAUGCCAAACCCGACAGCCUCCUUCCAGGAUGUGUCUGGCCAUUGCCUGCCUUUUUCUUUGAUGGCCUUGUGAUGUUUUUCCCAGCAGCACACCCUGUUCUCAUGAACCCGAAGCCUCCUCCCUUGCUUAGUUCUAGGCUUCAAACCUGUCUCAGAACACUCUUCCUUGCAAGCCCUCUCCUGAUGACUUCAGCCCUCUCUUGAGUCCUGCUUGGCACGUUCAGCUAGUGUUCAAUAAAGCUACCAAUCCUUCCAACCGCCAGGAGGACUGGGAGUACAUUCUUGGCUUCUGUGAUCAGAUCAACAAAGAGCUUGAAGGGCCCCAGAUUGCUGUGCGACUCCUGGCCCACAAGAUCCAGUCUCCACAGGAAUGGGAGGCAGUGCAGGCCCUCACGGUGCUGGAGGCAUGUAUGAAGAACUGUGGCAGGAGACUUCAUAAUGAAGUGGGGAAGUUCCGGUUUUUGAAUGAAUUAAUCAAAGUUGUCUCUCCAAAGUACUUGGGAGACAGGGUGUCUGAAAAGGUGAAGACUAAGGUCAUCGAGUUGCUUUUUAGCUGGACACUGGCUUUGCCGGAAGAAGCAAAGAUCAAAGAUGCCUACCAUAUGUUGAAGAGACAAGGCAUAGUGCAGUCGGACCCCCCUAUCCCCAUGGACAGAACGCUCAUCCCCUCUCCCCCACCUCGUCCCAAAAACCCUGUUUUUGAUGAUGAGGAGAAAUCCAAGCUUCUAGCCAAGCUGCUGAAGAGCAAGAACCCAGAUGACCUGCAGGAAGCUAACAAACUCAUCAAGUCCAUGGUGAAGGAAGAUGAGGCGCGCAUCCAGAAAGUGACCAAGCGCCUACACACAUUGGAGGAGGUUAACAACAAUGUCAAGCUACUCCACGAGAUGCUCCUUCACUACAGCCAGGAGUACUCGUCAGAGGCCGACAGAGAGCUCAUGAAGGAGCUCUUUGAUCGUUGUGAGAAUAAGAGACGGACGUUAUUUAAACUAGCCAGCGAGACAGAGGACAAUGACAGCAGUUUGGGGGACAUUCUGCAGGCCAGUGACAACCUGUCCAGGGUCAUCAAUUCUUACAAAACAAUUAUUGAAGGGCAGAUCAUCAAUGGUGAGGUGAUCACCUCAACCAUGCCUGACUCUGAAGGUAACAGUCACUGCAGUAACCAAGGCACGCUCAUCGACCUUGCUGAGGUGGACACCCCCAGCAGUUCAUCCCCAGUGUUGGCCCCAGUAUCUGCCCCACCCACCUCAGGCAUCCCUAUCCUCCCUCCACCCCCCCAGACCUGUGGGCCCCCACGAAGCCGUUCAUCCAGCCAGGCUGAGGCUCCCCCAGGGCCUGACAGCAUGAACAAUGCCCUCUCCUUGCUGGAUGAGGAGCUCCUCUGCUUAGGCCUUACUGACCCAGCCCCCACUGCUCCCAAAGAAUCAACUGGAAAUAGUCAGUGGCACCUGUUCCAGCCCCUUCUAGGUCUUUGCUCACCUGAUAUUUCUGUUGUGCAGAAUGAACCAUCAUCAGAUCUGGACUUCUUCAGUCCCAGGCUAGUGCCUGCAGCCUCCUGCCCCUCAAAUGGAUCCCUGCUCCCUCCCCCAGUUUCUACCUCAAGUGUGUCUCAAGCUCCACUGCCUGCUGCCUUCCCAGCUCCUGUGGUCCCAGCCAGUGCACCAACCCACAGCACCGGUUCCUUCAUGUUCUCUUCUGGGCCUGCCCCAGCCUUGGUUCCAAAGGCUGAGCCGGAAGGCCCAGAAUAUCCCAGCUCCAGCACCUCGCACCGCCUAGAUGCCCUUGAUCAGCUUCUGGAAGAGGCCAAAGUGACCUCAGGCUUGGUGAAACCUGUUUCUUGCUUCUCUCCUGGGCCCACUGCCUCCCCGCUGCUUCCUGCCUCUGCCCCAGCCAGGCCUCUCCUGCCCUUCUCCACUGGGCCCGGAAGCCCUCUCUUCCAGUCAUCGGCCUUCCAGUCCCAAGGCAGCCCUCAGAAGGGCCCAGAGCUCUCCCUGGCCAGUGUCCACGUGCCCCUAGAAUCGAUCAAGCCUAGCAGUGCCCUCCCCGUGACAGCCUAUGAUAAAAAUGGCUUCCGCAUCCUUUUCCACUUUGCUAAGGAGUGUCCGCCAGGACGGCCUGAUGUGCUGGUGGUGGUGGUUUCCAUGCUGAAUACAGCUCCCUUGCCAGUCAAGAGCAUAGUGCUGCAGGCUGCAGUGCCCAAGUCAAUGAAAGUGAAGUUGCAGCCACCCUCUGGGACAGAACUUUCUCCAUUUAGUCCUAUCCAGCCACCUGCAGCCAUCACCCAGGUCAUGCUGCUGGCCAAUCCAAUGAAGGUUACGGGACUGAGCAUGGGUGGACAUGGUGAUGCAAGAUGCAUCCCUCCAGCAGUCAUGAGUGUGGCGGGAGAGUGUCUUGCAGAGGGAACUCCUGGACUGAGACUCAUCUGCAGCCCUCUAAUUACAGGAAAAGAGCACAGUGGCAGGGCAUCAUGUAUGAAUUCCAAGUAAGUUUCUGAAGCCUUUUAUUGAAAGAAGAUAACCAAAGGAAUUAGAUGGAAUGUGUUCCAGCUGAGUGAGGUAAGGCCUCCAGAAACAAAAAUUGCCAACUCCCCUUGCACCAGUCCUGUGGGUCCCUGGCUUCUCUGGUGAGAUGGAAUAGGGCAGUCUCUAUCACUGAGCUCUUAAGCCAGGAGUGGAAACAUUCAUCUCAAAACAAAUAUUGCUCGUUUUGCCAUGUCAGGUUCAGGAUAGACAAUUUAAAAACCUCCUUGGUCGGAUUAAUAGAUGGUCUUAUAUUUGCAAAACAAUUUAUUCUUUAAAAUCUAUUUACAUUGCCAUACAAAGUUACUCUAUUGCAACUUUCCUCAGCUGCCCUCCAGUGAGCCUUCCCUUAUAAUUGCCCGAGCGAGAUUCCGGGCAAGAGCCAGUCUCAGCAUCUCCACCUUGGUGGUCUCUAUGUCGUCAUCCUAAAGAGCAGAAAAGCAGUGUGAGGGGCAGCGUUCCAGGAGAGCACAGAGCAAGCUGAGCCUAGGGUUACAGGUUAAGAGCACUAUAACACACUAAGUGUGGCUCUGCAGUGGCUCCUAAGAGUUGGUGUUAGAGAACGGGUUAAUAGUUAAAAGGCACAUGAAUUCAUAGACUAAUGAUUCAGGAUUGCAGGAUAAUAAGGAAAUCCUAAGACAGAAAUCUUUUCCCACUUCAAUACAGAAUCAUCUCCCCAGGAAUUUAAAUGACCUGUAGUCGCUGGGCGUCAGGUUCACCACACUCUGGCCUCCCUGAGGCCAAGUCUUCCAGGCAUCGCAUCAGCUCAUAUGUCUGCUCUGCUGAAAAAAUCACCUAGGGGAAAGAGGCCGCUUCACUAGCUGUCCAUAGGCACAGCCUGUGUAAGUCUAGGCAUGGGUCCAAAGUCUUUGGAAAGAAAUAUCUGCAUGCAGAGUCCUGGGCUGCUUAAUGUGCUCCUAAUCUUACAUCCAUCCCUCUAAUGAGGCUCAACACUUGUUAGAUGGCAUCUUCCAUCUGUUCUUAAAUACUGGAUUGGCGCUUGAGCCUUGUACACACAUACACACAGUACUACUUAGGAGGCUCAUACUAUAGAUGAGCUGCUGUAUAGCUACAGAACCCAGCUGAGGAAGACCACCAAAGGCUCAGAAUAGACAGCUUGGAUGCCAUGAAGUCUUACCUGCUUCUGUUCCAAAAGAGGAAGGGCAUCUGUGAGCAGAGUCAUCCAGAAAGAACGAGGUGCAAUCUGAGAGGUCAUGAGGGACAGCAGAAGAGAAGCAGCGUCACCAAAGCGCUUCUCCCCGUACAGUCUGUGGAACUCCCGGUACUUUCCUGUUGAGGGGUGUGAGUUCACCUCAAAAUUCCUCUCUACUUACCUGAUACUUAGAAAACCUAUCCUGGCUUUAAGCUAGGAGAACUCCAUAUACCUGGAAAUGUUUCUAGAACAAUCUCAAAUUCACAAAUAAAUGAAAUGUAGGAUUCAGAGAUCUUUGUGAGCACUAAGUCUGGAGGCUAUCAGUAAUGCAGUGGAUUGUGAGGUCAGUUAAAGUGCCGGAAGACAGGAACUCAAUGCCCAGCACCCGCAUGCCAGCUCACAACUGACUAAAUCCAGUCCCAUGGGACCCUCUUCUGUCUUCUGCAAACACCAGGCCUCUCCCUGCAGUGAACUGCCAGCUCACACAAACAAUGAAAAAAAUCUCUAGUGGAAGCAUACCAAACUCUCCCCAGGCCCAUAACCCCAGCCUUGGGGAGGUUCUCUGUGUGAGAGGCUAGCCUGGCCCACAUAGGGAUUUCCAGGGCAGCCAGAGGUACACAGUGUGACCCUGUCUUCAAAAUGAAUAUGAAAAAGUAUAUACAAAAUGUGUCAUUUUCUCAUGUUAUUCCUUUCCGUACUUUUGGAAUUAUUGGGAAAUAAAAUGUUACCAAA